AUAUAUCUCGCAGCAAUCCUUUCUUCAUGUAGGGGAGGGUGAGAACGCUUCACUCAAUGACUGUGAAGAAGAGCAGUCAUGAAGUGCUGGAACCGCUGGGUCCUGCUCGUCCUGUCUGUGGUCCUCUGCUUUCAAAUAUGGGCAGAAAGCUCUUCAGCAGAUAAAAUUAUUAAUAUGAGAAUUACUAACACAUCAGACAGUAUAACGAUAACAUGGGAAAAUCCAGACAAAAGAAAGAGCGACCCGUGUUUCAGAGCUGAUGUGCAGUACAGGCAUCUCUGUGACUCAUCCUGGAAGAUUGUUAAUGACAUUAAAGGGUUCUCCUUUAAGUUGCCUGCUCCAGAUAUGAGGAAGAACUAUGCUUUCAGAAUACGAGCAAGGCUGCAUUGUAUCAAUGGGACCUGGAGCGAAUGGAGUCAAGAGAAAUACUGGAGGAAUGACACAGGUCUCUGCAUUGCAGAAAAAUCAUCAGCUGGCAUCAGGGACUAUCUGUUGGUCACUGUGCUGCCAGUGACAUGCUUACUGCUUGUCUUUGCAAUAACUCAGGAGCGGGUAAGAAGACUUGUCCUUCCUAUAAUUCCAGAUCCAAAGCACACUCAGGAGAGAAUUUUAAACAUUGAACAGUUCCAGUGGUUCACCAGCUUUUCAGAGACGUGUGAAGAGUGCGAAAUAGUAGAAAUUGAGGUGGACUAUGAGAGGGAGGAUCAGAAGUCUGAAAUUACUGAAGAACAACCAAAACAGAAACCUACAAAUGCUUCCCCAGAAAGCCAUGACCAAGGCCUUAUUGCAAAUACCAGCAUGUACUCACAUGAUUCACCUGAGGUCAAUGCGGUGCCACAGUGUUCUCACACCAUAUCAGGCUACAUUGUCAUUUAAAUACUGACAAUUAAAAAACAUUUCAUUUUUUAUAAUUUAAUAUGUCCUUCAAGUGCAUAUAUACACUUCAAUAAUGUCUUUUGACUUUGUACUUGUAAAUAUGAACAAAAAAGUAUGUACUCAUAGGCAUAAACAAAGACGUUUGAAAAACAUAA